AUGGCAUGGGGUACAUGGGAUGCUCAAGAUGAGACAUGUGGGUUAUGUCGGAUGCCAUUUGAUGCUUCUUGUCCUGACUGCAAACUCCCUGAGGAUGAUUGCCCUCUAAGUAAACUCCUCGGGGAUUAUUGCCUAGCUAUGGCCAUUGCCCUAUGUGUCGUAGAAGAUGGAAAUAUAAAGAGUAACUAG